AUGACUAAUGCACGAUUUGGUCACACAGCAUCUUUAUUAUCAAAUGGAAAAGUAUUAGUUACUGGCGGAAACUAUGGUGGCUCUUUAAAUAGUGCUGAGCUGUAUGAUCCAUCAACAGGUAAUUGGACAACUACUGGUAGCAUGACUGAUGCACGGCAAUGGCAUACAGAAUCUGUAUUAUCAAAUGGAAAGGUAUUAGUUACUGGUGGAUGGAAUGGUAGUACUGCUUAUAAUAGUGCUGAGCUGUAUGAUGCAUUAACAAGUACUUGGACACCUACUAAUAACAUGAAUAAUGCACGAGAAUAUCACACAGCAUCUUUUUUAUCAAAUGGAAAAGUAUUAGUUACUGGUGGAUUCAAUGGGAAUAUUACAUUAAAUAGUGCUGAAUUGUAUGAUCCAUCAACAAGUACUUGGAUAACUACUGGUAAUAUGACUAAUGCACGUGAGUAUCACACAGCAUCUGUAUUACCAAAUGGAAAAGUAUUAGUUGCUGGUGGAUAUAAUAAUGGUUAUUUAAAUAGCGCUGAACUAUAUGAUCCAUCAACAGGUACUUGGACAACUACUGGUAGCAUGACUGAUGUACGACAAUGGCACACAGCAUCUGUAUUAUUAAAUGGAAAAGUAUUAAUUACUGGUGGAUGGGAAGUUUUUGAUUUAAAUAGUGCUGAGCUGUACGAUCCAUCAACAGGUAUUUGGACGACAACUGGUAGUAUGAAUAAUGCACGAUAUGUUCACACAGCAUCUUUAUUAUCAAAUGGAAAAGUAUUAGCUACUGGUGGAUUUGGUAAUAGUAAUUAUUUAAAUAGUGCUGAGCUGUAUGAUCCAUCAACAGGUAUUUGGACAACUAUUAGUAACAUGACUAAUGCACGAGAAUAUCACACAGCAUCUGUAUUAUCAAAUGGACUAGUCUUAGUUACUGGUGGAUACAAUGGUAUUACUGGUAUUUUAAGCAGUGUAGAAUUAUAUUAA